CCGUUAUCCUCUCCCGCAGUAUGAACAAGAAACCGGAGCAGUAAUAACCGCCAGAUUUAGGCGCUAUCCACACUAUACACAUCCAUAAGCUAGUUAGAAGCUUGGAUCUUUCCGUGGUUAACAUGUGGAAUAAUUCCGCUGUAUAGCGACAAUCUAGCAGUCAAAUGAUACAAAAAAACAUUCCAAAUAAGAGUACAAUUGAAGAAAGCCAGAAACUGGCUGAGAAUCUGUGAGGGCACUGAAUCUGCCUUUUGUGUGCUUCCUGUUCCCUGAGUGGGCUCUGCAAAUAACAGAAGAAGGUAAAUUUAAUGGGUAUCGAUCUUUUGGAACAACUGCAGGAUAAUCUGCCCCUCAAUAAGGGCCAUUUGCUUCUCUCCUCGGAGAAUAAGAAGACUGGUCUGGUGUUGGUGGACCUUGUCAAUGGCUUCUGUACUACUGGAUGUGGCAAUCUGGCUCCUCAAGUCCCCAAUCAACAGAUAAAUGUUAUGGUGGAAGAGAGCACAAGGUUGGCCAGGGAGUUUAGUGCUCGAAAAUGGCCAAUGCUGGCAUUUCUUGACACACAUUAUCCAGAUAAGCCAGAGCCUCCUUACCCUCCUCAUUGCAUAGUAGGAUCUGGUGAAGAAAACCUUGUUCCAGCCCUUGAAUGGUUGGAGGAUGAUCCAAAUGUAGUCAUUAAACGUAAGGAUUGCAUCAAUGGAUUUAUUGGUAGCAUACAAAAGGAUGGCUCCAAUACAUUUGUUGAUUGGGUGAGAGCCAAUGAUAUUCAACAGGUAUUGGUAGCAGGCAUAUGUACUGACAUAUGCGUGCUAGACUUAGUAGUAACUGUUCUUUCAGCAAGAAACCGGGGUCUUAUCCCCCCUUUGGAAGAAGUUGUAGUAUACUCCCAAGGAUGUGCAACUUAUGAUCUUCCUCUCCAUGUUGCCAAAAAUAUAUCUGGUGCAUUUCCUCAUCCACAGGAUGUAACUCAUCACAUGGGCCUAUACUUUGCCAAAUCUAGGGGAGCUGAAAUUGUGGACAAGAUCUCAUUCAUUUAGAAAAUGUAUAUAGUAAUAUGGUUAUUUUAUACUGAUGGAAUCAAUUUAAACUCUCAUUGUUUUUGUUAAGAAAGCAAGCAUAGAUCAUAAAGAAGUGGUGAAAAAGCAAGCACAGUUGUAGUUUUUGCUGCAUAGUGGUGUGAUCGUUUUCUUGAUUUUUAAGUUCUUGUAUUGACUUUUGAGGGUGUGAUUUCAUUCCACCUAUCUUUUAUGUAAAUUGUGUAUCAUAUUUUAAACAUUUCGCAUAGUAAAAUCUAGCUUAAAUUUA